GAAAAGGAAAAAUACAAAAAAAAACAACAGUGGGAUUUGAAGCUGCAGAGAGAGAGAGAGAGAGAGAGAGAGAGAGAGAGAGAGAGGCGCUGUGAAGGAGGAGGGGAAACGGGAAAGGGAAGUUGGAACUUGAAUCUUGUGAGGUUCAGACGCGACGACGGGUGCCACAACUUCAUGCACGGGUUGACUUUGUGUUGAUAUCGUUUUGCUGGUCCUCAAGUACUGUGACAAGUAUGGAGAUAACAAAGCCCUCAUUUAGAAGUUGAAUCUAUUCCUCUCUGAUCCCCAUCAGUUGAUUCAACAAAUUGCUGGGACCCAAAAUCCAACGAAUCAUGGAAAUACAAGAUAUGAAUUUGGAGGAAAAUCAGAAUUUGGAGGUCGUAUUGGAACCUAAGGUUGGAACAAUAUUCAAUUCUGAAUAUGAAGCCCAUGAAUGUUACGCUAGAUAUGCGAAAGCAAAAGGUUUCGGUUCGGUCACUAAAACCUCUAAGAAGCGUGACGGUGGGCUAAAGUCGAAUAUAACUUAUGGUUGUCAUCGGAGUGGAAAGCCCAGGACAACUGCUUUGAAUCCUGGUAAAUCCCAUCCAACAACAAAAAUAGAUUGUAAAGCCCAAAUGAAUAUCUCUUUGCAAGUUGACGGGAAGUGGAUGUUGAAUUCGAUUGAACUGAAGCAUAACCAUGAAAUGGACCUAGAUAAAGUGAAAUAUCUUAAGUGCUAUCGGACUAACCGAUCACAUGCGAUGAGGAAAUUGAACGGGGCAGCCGAAAUCAAAUUAAACAAAACCAUUGCCUCAUGUGUGAUUGAGGCUCGGGCCCCUGAGAAUCUGACGUGGUUAGAAAAGGAUGCAAGGAAUUACGAGGAUAAAGUCGGGCGUUUAUGGCUCAAGGAAGGGGAUGCCGAUGCAUUGCAUAAGUACUUUGUCAAAAUGCAAAAAGACAACGGGGACUUCUUUUAUGCCAUCGAUCUUGAUGAAGAUAACCGAUUACGAAACGUGUUUUGGGCCGAUGCUAGGAGUAGAGAGUUAUACAAAGAAUUUGGCGAUGUGGUUACCUUUGACACCACUUACCUUGUCAACAACUACGACAUGCCUUUUGCAUCAUUUGUAGGGGUCAACCAUCAUGGACAGUCGAUUUUGUUUGGAUGUGGUUUGAUAUCAUGGGAGGACACGGCUUCAUUUGUAUGGUUGUUUGAGUCUUGGCUUUCUUGCAUGUUUGAUUGCUACCCUAAUGCCAUCAUCACAGACCUAUGUAGGGCCAUGCAAAACGCGAUAAGUCAAGUUUUUCCAAAUGCACGACAUCGUUGGUGUUUGUGGCAUAUCAUGAAAAAAAUUUCUGAAAAGUUAAAGGGGUACGACGAGUAUAAGCAGAUUAAACGCAAAUUGAAGAAUGUUGUAUAUGAUUCCUUAAAUCUAGAGGAGUUUGAACAAAAUUGGGCGGAUCUCAUCAAUGCAUAUGAUCUUCAGGGCAAUGAUUGGUUAGCUGGAUUGUACGAGGAGAGGCACCGAUGGGUACCGGCAUUUGUUAAGGAUACCUUUUGGGCAGGGAUGUCAACAACCCAAAGAGGCGAGAGCAUGAAUGCCUUCUUUGAUGGUUAUGUCCACUCGAAUACGACCUUGAAGGAGUUUGUGGAGCAAUAUGAGAAUGCCUUGCGUAAGAAGGUGCAAGAAGAAGAAGAGGCAGACGCCCGUUCCUUAAAUGUUCAAGUUCAAAAUGUGUCCCCUUAUGGAUUUGAGAACCAAUUUCAGCAAGCAUACACAGUUGCGAAAUACAAGCAAUUCAGAGUGCAAGUAGCCGAAAAGAUUGGGUGCAAUUUGACUAUUGGACUAGUAGUAAAUGGUAUUUCACAGUUUCACAUUGAACAAGACAUUCUAGUUGGAAAGAGAAAAGAUACAUUUAAAACUGUUACUUUCCUUGUUCAUUUUAAUGAGGAGUCAAGAGAAACUAAUUGCAAUUGUCGGUUGUUCGAGAGUAAGGGGAUGGUGUGCACACAUAUGAUCUCAGUUUGGUCAAAAAAGAAGCUUGAAGUAGUGCCCGAUAAAUACAUUCUACGAAGAUGGAGGAAAAACUUGGCGAGGAGUCACACAAAGGUUAAGGUGAGUUAUGUUAAUUGGGAACGCAAGCCUGAAUUUGGUCGCUAUGAUAGUUUGUUGGAGUUAUUCAAUAAGGCCGCCGACAAGGCCAUGUAUUCCACUGCCAAGACUGAUAGGAUGGCGGCUAGGUUGCGAGAAAUUAAAGCGGAGAAUGACUUAUACGAUGAGGAGUGUCUAAGCAAUAUGCCUAUGGUUGGAGAAUUACUAUCAAACGUUGACGUUUUCCCACAAUUUUUUUGGGAGCAAACACCGGGCGAAUAUGAAGCUACCGUGGGUGAUCCAAGUAAAGGUCCUCGGAGAGGGCGACUGCCGGCUAAGAGGAAACAAUAAAUGGCUGAGCCCAGAAUGUUCGCACUAUGAGAUUAUCACAACAGAGUGCAAACGUUAAUCCAUCACGUGGGAGUGUAGGAUAUGUUGAUAUGUGUAGCAUAGACCUUAAUGAAUCUCUGGUUGAUUUGAAAUCUAAUGUGCUGGAGUUGGAAAGCUCACAGACCAAGUCUGCCAAGUCCUCUAGAACUUGUUUUGUUGAUGCGUAGCAAAAUUGAUGGGGGGAAAUUGUACUCUGUUAGGAUUUUUUUGUUUCUCUUGGAUCAAUGAGCCCCAAUUGUAUGAGAUGCGUUAGUUAAAAAUUGCAGGAUACAUGUGUUAUCUUUUGUUGGAAGUAAUAUCAAGUAUGCUCUUGGCAAUGUUCUGUUGCUA